UAUUAACAAAUGAUGAUAAAUAACAAUUAAUUAACUUCGGAGAAAAAGGCAGAUGAGUAGUUAUAAAUAAAUUGUCAACACUUCUUUUGCAUUGAUGACUAAGAUAUUAUUUAAGCAUGAAAAACGUUAAGUUUUGUUCGUAAAGCGAAAAUCUUCGCAAUUGACCUUAAAAAUUAUUUGAUAAUUCAGAAAACUGCAACGAAAGAACGUGAAGGAAAGGUCAUAACUCGGAGAGAUUAUAAAUUUGAUGCCGUCCAAUAAUUUCUUGGAUAAACUGAUGCAUCUAAUUUUAGAAAAGUAUAUAUAUGCCCCCAUAAGAAAGAGAACUCAGUCUCUUAAAAUCGGAAAUGUUGCCAAAAAAUGAUCCGCUCCAACAACAACAAGAAUUUUCUACCAUUGAUAAGGAAAAACAUGAGCAAGGAAAACAAGCGUCGCCAAUAACAACAAAAGCAAACGAACCAUCUGUUACAAAUGUAAAUAAUAACACAGCUGAUUGUAGUAAACAAAUAAGAAAUGGUGACGUGAACGAAGAGCUGGUUGAAGAAGAUAAAAAUGAAGAGGAAACAUUGUUGCAGUCUUUACAAAGGGGAAUAACGUUGAACGAUGUUAAAUUUACGGAAGAGAUAUCAGUAAUUACUUCCAGUCAGAAUUCGGACGAUGAAGAAUCUUCUUUGAUUAUGGCGGGAUUUGAGCGCCCUUUUUCUGCUCCUCUCGCACCUUUAGAUAACGAAUUAAUGGAACGUUUAAGACGUGAGCACGAUGCGAAACGUAGGUCUAAAGAGGGAAAAAAGAUAGAAAAAAAACCCUCUUUGUUGGCGAGAGCUAAUCGCAUGAGCGGCGGUGACGGAACUGGCGAUUCUGUGGCAAUGUUUGUGGAAAAUGAACGUAUGAACACUCAUGCCGGCUACGUAAGACCUUCAGUGCAUAGAACUGGUAGAGCUGAGAAAAAAGCCACCAGAGAUCUAAUAGGGAGUUGUGAGUGUAUCACGGCAGAGAGACGUUGGAGCGACAGUGCCGCGGCUGACUCAGCUUCUGUGACUCAAACAAAUUUGAGUUUAAUAAAAGACAGCACAACUUCUACCGUAUUAUUGCAAGACUUUUCCUCAAACUCAGCGAUUAACAAUAAUCAGUACAUUUUACCAAAGUCUCGUCAUUAUCAGCAUCGUCAUAAUUACCAUAAGCCUCAUCAUUGCCAAAAAUCCCACAAGAAGCCAAAUAAUAUUAAAUGCAAUUCAGUGACUCCUUCCAAAUCGCUGUUAUCUAUGACUGAAACAAAUUUAGCGCCGUUUGGAGAAACAUCAGAAGCGCUUGAGAAUGGCUUGAGGGCAAUCAAUGACUACUAUGCGAGGCAUGAGAAGAAUCUCUCCCUGUUCUUCGAGGAUGGCUUGCGUUCUAUUGAUUUCGUUUUGGUUUUUCGAUUGAACACCCAACUGCACAUAGAAGAAGCAAAUGCUGAAAAGCGUCGAGUGUACGAAGGAAAUUUGGAACUGGAGGGAUUGGAGAUUGAAAGGACGUUUAAAGAGAAAGAACAAAUUUAUUUUGUUAAGAUCCAUGCACCUUUAGAGGUUUUAAGACGAUAUGCCGAAAUUUUGAAAUUACGUAUGCCCAUGAAGGAGUUAAUUUGCAACGUGAAUAUUUUUGCAAAAAGCAAUCGUCUGCAUAAUGCAGCCCAAUACAUUUCACGAAAGAUACCUGGUAUGUCUGUGGUCAAUCGUUCUACUAAAAGUGUCUUUUCGAGUCUUAAAGGUGUUGUGACGUUUUUCAUGAAACACAUUUAUGUGGAUGAGCGUUAUUUUCCUCGACUUACACAACGUUUUACUGCCAUCUAUAGUCGUGAUAAGGAAUAUUUAUUUGAUAUACGUCACAGUAAUUUCUUUACGCCGGCUGUUCGUUCACGUAUCGUGCAAUUCAUACUCGAUCGUCAACGGUUUACACCAAAAACUCAAGAUGAGAUGGCUUUUGGUAUAGAACGUUUGGUAGCUGAUAAUGUAUAUUGUGCAGCCUAUCCCUUGCACGACGGCGAAAUCACUGAAAAGUAUACAAUGCGCAAUACCUUGUAUGAUCAUUGGGCUUCCGUGCGAAAAUGGUACCGCUAUCAACCUUUGGAUUAUGUGAAGGAAUAUUUUGGUGUUAAAAUUGGUCUAUAUUUCGCUUGGUUGGGUUUCUAUACAUAUAUGCUGCUGUUGGCCGCUGUGAUUGGUCUUAUAUGUUCCUUAUACUCCUGGAUUACCUUGAAAGACUAUGUACCUGUCAAAGAUCUCUGCGUUAGUAGUGUCAAAGCUAAUAUCACUAUGUGUCCUUUAUGCGAUUGGUGCAAUUUUUGGGAACUUAAAGAGACCUGUUUCUACGCGAAAAUCACUUACCUCAUUGAUAAUCCCAGCACGGUGUUUUUUGCAGUAUUUAUGUCCUUUUGGGCAGCAUUGUUCCUAGAACUUUGGAAACGGUAUUCCGCCGAAAUAACACAUCGUUGGGAUUUAACGGGAUUUGAUGUGCACGAGGAACAUCCCCGACCUCAGUAUUUGGCAAAAUUGCAACAUUUGCCGGCUACCCGAACCGAUUAUGUAACGAACAUGAAAGAGCCCAGAGUACCAUUUUGGCGUAUGAGAUUGCCAGCAGCUGUCUUUAGUGUUUCGAUGGUUCUUCUGCUAAUUGCUUUAGCCUUUGUCGCUUUGGUAGCUGUGGUGAUUUAUCGUAUGUCCAUGUUGGCCACUUUAAAGUUGCGCUCUUCGCCUUUAACUACCUCCAGCGCCAUAAUGGUUGCCACCGCUUCCGCAGCCUUUGUCAACUUAUGUCUCCUCUAUGUACUUAACUAUGUCUACAACUCUUUGGCGGAGUAUUUAACGGAAUUGGAAAUGUGGCGCACACAAACCCAAUUUGAUGACUCAUUGACUUUGAAAAUUUAUUUAUUGCAAUUCGUUAACUAUUACGCCUCAAUAUUUUAUAUAGCAUUUUUUAAGGGGAAAUUUGUGGGGCAUCCAGGUGAAUACAAAAAGUUCUUUGACUAUCGCCAGGAAGAGUGCUCUUCUGGAGGUUGCUUGACUGAAUUAUGCAUCCAACUGGGCAUUAUUAUGAUAGGUAAACAGGCGUUUAAUACAAUUUUGGAAGUGAUAAUGCCUUUCUUCUGGCGUCGCAUUAUGUGGGUCAAGGUGGGCCUAACGCGUGUUUUUUCCAGCAAACAUCACGAUGGCCCUAAAGAGAAUCAAGAACGUUGGCUCAGGGAUUUGAAAUUGCUCGAUUGGGGUGCUAGGAGCUUAUUUCCCGAAUACCUUGAAAUGGUUUUACAAUACGGGUUUGUUACAAUAUUCGUAGCCGCUUUCCCUUUGGCUCCGUUCUUUGCCUUAUUAAAUAACAUAUUGGAGAUGCGUUUAGAUGCCAAAAAAUUAUUGACUCAUCAUCGCCGGCCAGUAUCGCAACGAGUUCGUGAUAUUGGUGUUUGGUAUCGAAUAUUGGAUUGCAUUGGCAAACUAAGUGUUAUCACUAAUGGUUUUAUAAUAGCUUUCACCUCCGACAUGAUUCCCCGUUGGGUUUAUCGUGGUCUUGUCUCCCCAGAUGGUUCCUUGAAAGGUUAUUUAGAGUUUACCCUAUCGGAAUUUAAGAUAAGCGAUUCGGCCGCAUUAAAUAGUUUGGCUGGUGAUGAUUCAAAUUUAACCGUGUGCAGAUAUACAGAUUUUCGUGAACCUCCGAAUUCAGAGAAUAAAUAUGAGUUAAGCAGCAUGUUUUAUAUUAUAUUAGCCUGUCGUUUAGGAUUUGUGGUAGUGUUUGAGAAUUUCGUGGCCUUAGUGAUGAUAUUAGUACGUUGGUGUAUACCAGAUAUGAGUGUUGAACUAAGAGAUCAAAUAAGACGUGAAGUUUACAUAACAAAUGAAAUUAUUAUUGAACAGGAGACGAGAAGAGCCAGAUUUGAACGUGCCAAACAUAGCUCAUCUUUACGUUUACAAGACACAUCCGCGUCAGUAACUCCCGAUGCAAACGAUAGGUUCAUACGUAUAGAAAAGUUAUUGUGCAGUGAUUUGUCGCAAUCGCAAAUGGAUUUAAUUAUACAUGGAGAGAAUGCUGCUACUGGGAUACAAGGAGAAAUGAUCUGAAUCAUUUCAUAUUCAAUUAGUUAUUAGGCUUAAAGAUUAUUCUUUUAAGGACAUUUUUCAUGGUUCUUUCGUUAUUUUUCUUUUUCUUUUUGAAGAGAUCAACGGCAUUCAUCCAUUGGUGUUAUGAUUAAUCAUUUCUUUAACUUUAAGGAAAUUGGAUAGAAUUUAUUUGGAAAUUGGAAAUUCUUUUGUUAUAUUAAGAUUACAAAGUGCUUUUCGAUUUGUUGCUAAGCUACCUUUUUAUUUGUAGUUGCUUGCAUAAUGUGAUAAAUAUCCCUAACGUUUAAAAAAUCCCUAAAUAUCCUUAUAUUUAUUUAAAUAUUUAAACAUAAGUAUGUAAACAUAUGUCUUUAUACGUAAUAUCACAUCAUUGUGUGGACCCAAUAUCAUCUGAUAUUAUCUUCUAGGUAUCAGUGCCAAACUACUUUAUUUUAAAGCACAAAAUUUUAAAGACCUUUUACUGUAUAAAAUAUAAUUGAUAUAUUUAUUUAAUAAAAAA